GCGCCCCCGGAGCUGCGCGCCGAGGGAGGAGGGCGGGCGGGCGCGGCGGGCCGGGCCGGCGGGCGGCGGACUAUGAGGCGCCCACCAUGGUGCGAUGCGACCGCGGGCUGCAGAUGCUGCUGACCACGGCCGGAGCCUUCGCUGCCUUCUCGCUCAUGGCCAUCGCCAUCGGCACCGACUACUGGCUGUACUCCAGCGCGCACAUCUGCAACGGCACCAACCUGACCAUGGACGACGGGCCCCCGCCCCGCCGCGCCCGCGGCGACCUCACCCACUCGGGACUGUGGCGGGUGUGUUGCAUCGAAGGCAUCUAUAAAGGACACUGUUUCAGGAUCAACCACUUUCCAGAGGACAAUGAUUACGACCAUGACAGCUCAGAGUACCUCCUCCGCAUCGUGCGAGCCUCCAGUGUCUUCCCCAUCCUCAGCACCAUUCUGCUCCUGCUUGGAGGGCUCUGCAUCGGCGCUGGGAGGAUCUACAGCCGCAAGAACAAUAUCGUCCUCAGUGCGGGCAUCCUCUUUGUGGCCGCAGGCCUCAGUAACAUCAUAGGCAUCAUCGUCUACAUCUCCAGCAACACAGGCGACCCCAGUGACAAGCGUGACGAAGACAAAAAGAACCAUUACAACUAUGGCUGGUCCUUUUACUUUGGAGCCCUGUCAUUCAUUGUGGCGGAGACCGUGGGCGUCCUGGCCGUAAACAUUUACAUUGAGAAGAACAAAGAGUUGAGGUUUAAGACCAAGCGGGAAUUCCUUAAGCCUUCUUCCUCCUCUCCGUACGCCAGGAUGCCGAGCUACAGGUACCGGCGACGGCGGUCCAGGUCCAGUUCAAGGUCCACUGAGGCCUCGCCCUCCAGGGAUGCGUCUCCCGUGGGCCUGAAGAUCACUGGGGCCAUUCCUAUGGGUGAGCUGUCCAUGUACACGCUGUCCAGGGAACCCCUGAAGGUAACCACAGCUGCCAGCUACAGCCCGGACCAGGAUGCUGGCUUCCUGCAGAUGCACGACUUCUUCCAGCAGGACCUAAAGGAGGGUUUCCACGUCAGCAUGCUGAACCGGCGGACGACUCCCGUGUGACCUGCCCACCCGUCUCGGCACCGGCCUCCCCCAGAGUGGCUGUUUGUGUGACACACGGCAGGGUGACCCUUAAGAUAAUAGACAGUGAACUGGAGCCAAGGGCAACCCUCCCUGGCCUCCAAACGAUGCCAUGGGCUGGCUAAGAGUGAAGGGAGCCUGGAGACUGAAAUCAGGGCUAGGGUAGAAACUGAAGGCUAACUUUCUCCCAAGACAGGGUGUAUUGCUGUCCUGAAAUUUCCCAGGAGGCCCAAGAAUUUUCCAGAAGCUGCGUCAGCCUGCCUCUUGGAAACCAGGAAACCAGUCAUGCCAGAAGAUGUCAAACUUUUUCCCCUUCCCUGGGCACAGGGCCACAGGAAGGCUUCUUCCAGAACUGGGACCUCUGGGCUCCCAUCAGCUGUUUCCCACCCGGAAGUUCCUGUGUCCUGGAGCCCAGAAUGAGCCGAAGCUCACUCCACUCCCCUCCCUCUGCCUCCCUCCUUCAGCCUCUGUCUGGCAGCCUGGUGGAGCCUGUGGUUGUAAACAUCAUCCGUCCUAAAGAGAAAGCUCUAUGGCUAACUGGUGCUUCGGCCUUGAGCUGUCCUGUGGCCGGCGUCUCUCCACCUCAGGAGACCAGGGAUCCAGGGCAAAGGCUUCCGGAAGUUUCUGCCGAGCUCAGAAUGGACAGGGCGUACUCACUCAACUUGGAGAUCUGGAGGAUUCCAUGGGUCUGAGGAAAGGUAGGCACUUGCUGUGUCCUCCCCGACUUGCCCGAGGAACCACACUGUCCCCUGAGCCACAGGGGACCCUGCUAGGGGCGGAGCCAUACUCCCACUUCCAAACUGGUGUUCCGUGACAGAUGUGCAAACUUCAGUAUGAGAAAGGGGAACCCGAGGGUGAGCGGAGCCGGAAAAGAACAAAGAAAGAGCAUCCGUUUCCAAGUGGUUCUGAAUGGUGGCGCACUGAGAAUCAGCAGCAGCAGCAGAGCAAGCCACGCUCAACUCCUCAUCCUAAAAAGUAGCAAUGGCGUCUCCCCCGACUCCUGUCCUAAUUUAUUCUGCCGACACCCAAAGGACUCUGUGGACAUUUGACUCAAGGGGCCGUCCUGGGCUUUCUCACUUUGCCUGAAUCUGAGGAUGAGUUCUGUGUUUUACAGUUUGUCCAGCCGUUCCCCCUUUCCCUCUCGAGGUGAGCAAACACCAUGUGAGUGUGUCCAGAUUAGAAAGAACUCUCCAGAAAGUGGAACUUACCCCCUUUUCUAUAAUACGCGUGCUUUCUAAGGAUCAAUUGUUUCUUACUUUUUGAGACUUCUUAAUCCAAUCUUGAACAGUCUUCUGUGACCCCAGUAACUGUCUCACCUAGAAGUUCUUACCUCAGUCACCUGCUCAUGGAGCCCCCUAGGCUGACUCGGAGUUCAGACCCAGGUCCAUUUGCCCUUCCCUGCCUGCCCUUCAUUCCCUCCCCCCCCCCACACACACACACACACACGCCCACUCUCUAAAGAAAGACAUCCCAUGUCGUAGCUCCAGCCAACUGCCCAUGAGCUGGUGAGCUGAGAUGUGAGCAUGUUGGGGCUCCUUCGUUCUUGCUCAGAACCAUCCCCUCCAGACCAAGUUGGCUCCUCAGAGUGUGUCAAAGCAUGCACAGCAGUGAGCACCAGUGUCAAGAUGUGUGGUCUGUCCCUGCCACAGGCCCUCACCCUGCCCACCUCUCCCACCCCUCCUCUACCACCACUAACAUCUUUGGAGGCUGAAGGAAGCCCCGACCCCCAGGGAGACCCGAGAUCUGUCUCAUGUCUCUUCUGGAAAUAAAGCAGCCUAUGGUAAACUUGCACACAAGUCAUCUUCCCAACUGUAGUUCCAGAAGUUUCCACGGUUCCACAUGAGAAAGCUGUGUUCCGAUGAAUCCUACCUCUUGUCCAGUCCUAGGCAGAGUACACAGGCCCACUGUGGGCACAAGAGAGAGCCAGAAGGAAAAGGAAGAAGAGGCAGGGUAGAACACGGAGAAAAGCCUCAGCUGCCCCAGCCCUCACAGCCUUUCUCCCACUGACUGUUGGCCUCACUCUGGGGACCCUGGUCACUAGCUUGCCCUUCCUGUGGGAAAGGGAGUAGAGCUGGACCGUUCCGCUGACAGGCUCGGAUCUGGCUCCUUCUCUGAAGGGACGUGAGGCCUGAGCCCAUCUUCCCUCCUCUGUCCCGUCUCCUCCCCUGUGUGUCUCACCAGUUAAGUCCCUGUGAUCCUGUACCCACCAGUGGUUUGGGGUUCUUAGUUCUGUCUCUCUCUUUUUUUUAAUUAAAUAAAAACAUUUUUAAAAUGUU